AUGAAUAGAACAGCAGGUGGCUCCACCACCGCCAAAUACAUUCUGAAAUACAGAUACAUGGGGAGAGAGGCGAGUGAGAGAUUGUUGGACUUUAGACUACAUGGUGUGGUUACUUCAUCUUACUUUUGUUACUUCCUUGUGCAUUGCAGAUGGCAUGCCGUUUCUUCAUGGACAUGGGACGCUCAGGAUGAAACUUGUGGUAUAUGUAGGAUGGCUUUUGAUGGUUGCUGUCCUGAUUGCAAACUCCCUGGUGAUGAUUGUCCACUAAUAUGGGGUGCUUGCAACCAUGCAUUUCAUCUUCAUUGUAUCUUGAAGUGGGUGAAUUCUCAAUCCGCUCAAGCACAUUGUCCCAUGUGUCGUCGUGAAUGGCAGUUUAAAGAAUGAACAAAGCUUUUGUGCAUGAAUUUGGCAGUAGGAAGGAAUGAUGUGUCUGUGUGUAAUACUAUGAUAUUCUAGCGAGAAUAGCUGUGCUGAUAUGUGCUCAUCCCCAUAUACAAUUAUUAAUUUAAGUCUUUAAGGGCCUAGAAUAGAUAGUGUAUUUGUAUUAGACUUGGAAGCAGGUGCACAUAUUCUAUUAGCCAUCCAUCCCAAAGUCUUCAAUACAUCAAUUGCCAGCCAUUGAUGAGAAGAAAAGGACAUAAUAGAUGCUUGCUUCUGGUCCAAAGUAUGCUGUCUGUCUGCUUUAUCACAGUUGCCUCUACCCCAUUUCUGCCCACAUGAAAUUGGAAAACAAGCAUUAAUCGACUCUUUAACAUAUUAGUGCCUUGUGCACAUUUGGCCAUGUACAUGAGCUAUCAGGAACGUGUGGGCAUGGACCGUGACAUAGCUGGCAUAGGGACAAUGUUUCGUUUGUGAAUUGCAUUAUAUCUCGAACUCAGUUGUAAUAUAUUGUGAAUUGAAAACAUCUUGAGGUGUUCGUAAAUUGGAUUUCCCAA